AUGGACUCGUCGCCUUCACCUCCUCAAUAUGUACCUGAAACAAGGGUGUAUUCCUAUUCAAACCGUAACUUAUCUAAUGAACAUGCAGAUAUUGAUGAAAAGAAGCCCGCUGUUGUUGAACAGUCUGAAGUCUCUGUCGGUGAAGUUGACAUUGUCCAACCGAAAGGAUGGUUUUCCGAUUUCGUUGAUGGUUUUCGUUUGGCUAAUACAGAUGAUGGUACUCCUGAACAUGGUCUUAAGCGGAAACUCAAGUCUCGGCAUAUCCAAAUGAUUGCUAUAGGAGGAGCCAUUGGUACUGGUGUUUGGGUUGGUAGCGGGCAAUCUUUAGCUACUGGAGGUGCUGCAUCUGUCUUAAUUAAUUAUAUUCUGGUCGGCACCAUGGUUUUUUUUACCGUGUAUAACCUGGGUGAAUUAUGCGUCGCCUUCCCUACUCGCGGUGGUUACAUUACACAUGCUACUCGUUUUAUUGAUGACUCUUGGGGAUUUGCCUUGAGCUGGAACUAUGUCAUGGGUCCCAUCGCUAGUAUUCCGCUUGAACUUACCACUAGUACAAUGGUCAUGCGUUACUGGACAGACCUCAAUGCGGGUAUAUGGGUCACAAUUUUCAUUUUCUUUCUUAUUUCCGCAAACACAUUUGGUGUACGACUCUAUGGAGAGCUCGAAUAUUUCUUGUCCACAAUAAAAAUUGCAGCAAUGUUUGGUUUCAUCAUCCUUGGCAUUAUUAUCAAUUGUGGUGGUGUCCCCACAGACCACCGAGGCUACAUUGGGACCCACUUGUUUCGAGAAAAUGCGUUUCGAAAUGGAUUUAAAGGAUUUUGCUCAGUUUUUACCACAGCCGCCUUUUCUUUUUCCGGUACCGAAUACGUAGGAGUUGCUGCUGCUGAAACCGACAACCCUGCCAAGGCUUUCCCAAAGGCUGUUCGCCAAACUUUUUUUCGUAUUGCCAUUUUUUAUAUCUUUUCUCUUCUCAUCGUAGGUCUGCUCGUUAGUGGUGCCGACCCUCGCCUAACUUCUUAUAGCGGGGUGGAUGCCAGUCCCUUCGUCCUAGCCAUCAAAGACGCAAACAUUAAAGCCUUACCUUCAAUUCUAAACGCCGUUAUUUUAAUUUCUGUUAUAUCUUCUGCGAAUGCAACACUCUAUGCAGGAAGUCGCGCUAUUCAUUCUUUAGGCUGUAAUGGGUUCGCCCCAAAAUGCUUCGGCUGGGUAGAUCGUUCUGGCCGUCCUAUCAUUGCUCUUCUCAUUCUUUUUUUCUUUAUGCCUUUGGCAUAUUUGGUAGAAACGGGAAAAAGUACAACUGUGUUUAACUGGCUUCUGUCUAUUUCUAGCCUUGGCACUUUGUUUACCUGGGGGAGCAUCAAUUUAGCCUAUAUUCGUUAUCGUUCUGCUAUGAAACAUCAACAGCGUAGCGUGAAACAGAUUGGUUUUCGCUCUCCUUUUGGUAUCUAUGCCGCCUGGUAUGCCUUUGGCUUUAUUUGCUUGGUAUUAGUAGCUGAAUUUUAUGUUUCAGUUAGCCCCAUUAGCGGAAAAUCGAGUGCGAAUUCCUUUUUUAUGAACUAUUUAUCAGCGAUUAUUAUUUUGGUUUUUUUUGUUGUUCACAAACUUAUCUACAGAACUCCGAUCAUUACCUCCAGUAGUAUGGACAUCGAAACUGACUUGGCCUGUGUAGUACCGUCAGAGAAAGAUCAAGAAAAACUCGAGACGACCGGCUUUGGGUCACUUCAAAAUGCCAUUAAGAAAAUGCUAUUUUUUUUAAAAACAUAUUUUCCUUGA